AUUUUUUUAAUUAUCACAAUUAGCUUAAACAAUACUUAUUCUUAAGCAUCGGCUACAAAUACGACCAUAAAUCUCUGCUCACAAAAAUAACUGAUGGACAUUGUUUAUGUUAUAGAGGUAAUAAGGAACUUCGAACCUAUCGUACGAGACACAGUGACCAUGCCCGGUAAUGUGGCCGUCUUCAACUGUCACAUACCUGGGGUCAGCUACGAUGAGAAUCACGUGUUACCCGAAUCGGUUGCGAUCACUUCGUGGGUCCAAGACGGCGUCUUCAACAUAUUCCCUUCGUGGGAGAUAGAUUCGAAAAUUAUCAUGAUACCGAAAACCGGCCAAUUGCGUAUAGCGAACGUGGACGAGAACGACUUGAGGCACAGCUACACGUGCCGCAUAGUAAACAAACUGACGGGAUUCACUCAGGAGAGCAGCACGUUUGGCAGAAUUUAUUUCGAGAGUAACCGGACCAUGGCACCUUGGUCGAAAUCCAACGACUUCACCGUCCACUUGGUGAAACAGGGCGACCAUCUGUUGUUGCCGUGCGACGUAUACGGAUUCCCUCCACCGAAAGUCACGUGAGUGGAAUUAUGCAACAAUAGCUAUUUAGAUGAUAAUAUUAUAUAAUUAUAUAAUCGACAUUUAAUAAUAUAAUGUUCGAAUGAAACGUAUGUUAAAUGAGAAUCGAAUUGUGGUUUCACUGCCACGCACAAUCAUAAUAUUAAAGUGACGUGGUUACCGCUGUAUCUCACUGUGACUCUCCAUUCGACGCAUACGGCGUUAAAUGAACAAUUUCAUUCUGAUAAUGAGUUUAAAUUGAUAUUAAAUAAAUAUUCGGAGUCUGAUAAAGAUAAGAUGAGCUAAUUAUUUUUCGGAUUUUUUUUAUAACCUAUUCGUGAUAUAGAAAAUGUGUCAACAAUUAACCGUACAUUGUAUAGCAUGCUAUUAAUUUAGUAAAUACUAUUUAUAUUAUAAAAUAUUAAAAUAACAUUAAUUAAAAAGUGUACUUUUUCUUAGUAAAAUUAAUAAAGGAUAACAAAAUGGAAUAGGAACAAAACAAAGUUUUUGUGAAAUAUAUUACUCGUCAUCGUAAGAGUAUUCGUAAGUGUCAUCCGACAAGAGUCUGCAGAAUGCGUCGAGGUCACAAGCAUUUGUUAUUUGUUUUGGUCUUUGGGUUGUAGUUCCGGGGGCUCACACUGAUGUUUUUAGCUUCAGAUUAAAAGUUUUUGAAUUGGUCUUAGUUUAAUCUUUUAAAAGGAGUACGAGAAUAUCGUAUACUCGUAUAUCAUUGAGAACUUACCUAGAAUUUUUUUUUCUUUAGCUUACUUGACGGAACAACAAAAUACAUAUUUUUUCAAUUCUGACUUCACAAAAUACUGUUGAUUGAAGUUUGAAUUAAAAACAAUUAAGUCACAUAUCACGACAAUGAAUUACUUUUUUCAGGGAAACAAUAUAACAUAUUAUUAUUAUUAUUAUUAUUAUUUAUUAUUAUAUACUAACUGGUAGCAUAUUCCUAGUCUAAAACUCAUUUAUGAUAUUUUUGAUUCAAUGGUUUUUUUUUGAUUUGGUUGUUUUAUGAUAUUUUUAUCCUAAACCUCGAGCGAAAUAGAAACAGACAGACGAGUUUUUAUGUGGUCGUCAGAAGGGGAAGGUUACGAGUUUUAUGGAUUGAGUCAAUUACGGGAUAGAAAAACGUAUUUCACGGAAAUACUCUGAAUCAUUAGAAUUGUCAACGAUAUAAUGGUCGGAAAUAAAUUGGGCGCGGUGAAACUAGGUCGUAUAGAAAGCUUUUCAGCCUGUCCCAUUUUAAGAGUAAUAAUAAUGAUGCAACUUCUUGUUCGAUAAUCGUACAAUUUAAAAGUUCCGACGGAACGAUGGAAACUAACUGUAAAUAAACCGUUGAUUACCAACUAAAAUCUAAUUCAGUUCCAAAACGAAAUUUAAAUAAGAAAAACUUCAUUAGUAAGUAUACUUACGAGUCUCUUGUUGUGGUUUUAUAUUUUAAAUAUAAAAGUUGAAUAACUAAGUACUGUGGUAGGUGCAUUGUUAGGGGGUUUGUUUCCCAAAAGAUCGUUUUGUCCAGGCAUUUUCAAAUGACCACAACCCCCAUAAUAUCUCAUAAACCCAAUUACCAUGGACUUUUACUUUUAGAAAACUAGGUGAAAGAACUCAAAAAAUACACGUACAAAUUUAUAUUCUGAUACGUCAAAUUGUUCAGAACAAUUAUCCACUGAAUAAAAAAGAUGUUUGUAUCACCGCAAGUAGUACAAAAUCUUAAGAUUUUGAAAAUAUGGUCUAAAAAUAUUAUAUUCAAAAAUUAAAAAAAUUUGAUUUGAUGUAACUGUGUUACUGAAAAAAUAAAUAGGUGAGCCUGCUUGGUGAAUUACCCUUAUAUAUUUAUUACAUAUUUUAGGAAUAAAUUAUUCAGGACGUUUAUAAUAACCCUUAUAUAGGUAAUAUAAUAAAUACCUAUACAAUAUACAUAGUACAUCGUCAUUCAAAACCUUUAAUUCUGGACUAAAUCAGUUAUAAUAAUGAUGCUUAAUAAUUAAUGAUAAUACGUUUAUAGUUCUCAUAUUGAAUCGAUCAAAUUGAUGCCAAUGUGUUUUAUCGCAUAAAGGUUCAAUUAUAUAAUAUUCAUGCACGUUUAUACGUGUAUCAAUAUUGUGUACCCAUAAAAUAUGCUACCGAAUCGUUGACAUCGAGCGUUUAACAGAAUCACAAAAAAAUUGUAGAACGUUAUUAUUGUAGCAAUGUAAUCAUAUUAUUAUUAUACAUGUAAGGAACAGAUAAAAUUUUUUCGUACAGAUAAAAAAAAAAUGAAGGUGGGUACAUUUUAAAUGCGAUUUAGAUGAAAAACGAAGUUUAGUUGUCUACGUGAAAAAAUACCAGAUACCAGCUUUUGUAUUAUAAAUCCACGUACGGCCAUUUAUCCGCAGCCCGUCGGUAAAUUGGUUUUUAUAAAUGUUCACUAUUAAAUUUAUAAUUAACGAUCGGAAUUCAAACGGCUGCAUCGCUGUCUGUUUCGAGUUGCCGCCAAUUAAAGAUUUAUCGUAUCAAAGGCUUUUUGUACAAACACAUAUUAUUAUAAUGUUUGACGCGAAUACAAACGAAAAGAAAUGUCUGGGGAAUAUAACACAAUAUACAUUCUACAUAUAUAUUAUAAACACCAAAACAAGCAAAUAAAACUAUUUCGCCUUGGGAUUAGCCCAUUUCAGAUUUUCAAACAUCCCUUUAUGGCUUUAUAUAAUAUAAUAUAUAAAAUAUCAUAUUAAACUGUAUUAUACAUAUAUUCAGCUACGGUUACACCAACAAAUUAUACCGGCGUUUGUGCAAGCGUAUGAUAAUAGUAUUGUGUUUUACUAUAUGUAGGUGUUUUUGAUGUCUGUAUUAUAUGAUCAAACAACACUUUUCAAUGCAACGAAUAAAAAAAACAUAAUCAAAUAAAGAUAAUAAUAUAGUGAUUUCGGUUAACAUCGAAAGCCUUUCAAACGGCAGUUGAGCAGUUUCACAAUAUCGAUCGCGUAUGUGUGUUCAUAAUAAUACCGUUAGGUCACUAGAAAACCAAUAACGUAUUGCGUUACAGUAUAUUUUAUAAUAAUAUUUCAAUGGUAAGCAUUAAUAGUGGACUAAUAUCUAUGUUCACUGUCUGUUACAUUUGCACCAUAUAGCUAAAACUAAUACAGAUAUUGCAUGCAUCGUACUGAUGUAUAAUACAGUACAAUCGAUCUAGUGUUGCAAUAACUAUUAUAAACAUUUAAGUGCAUUUUGCCAGAAGGACAAAUAAUAUUGAGCAGGCCAUUGUUUUCUGUUAAAUUAAAAAAAAAAUUUUCAAACUUUCAAUUUUUAGAAAUCAUUGAAAGUGAAAUAAAUAAAAAAAUGGCCUUAUCCGUCUCAUACUUCACGCAGGAUUCAAAUUUGUUUUUAUAAUAUUUAUCGCUCCACUACAUUUAUCGCACUGAUGGACGUACAAUGUGUAGGCUAUAUAGUGUGGUGGACGUAUGAAAGACAGAGAUAACAAAAUAUAAGUACUCUAUCCCGUUAAGCGUAUGUCGCGUAGGACGUUUGAGCAUCGCUAUUGGAACAAAAACAUUUUUUACAGGCCGUUUGCGUAUUGUUAUUGUAAUAAAUAAAAGUUGAAAAAUGUUUAAAAUAAAAUGUAACUACCUAUCUUAUAGUUAGACUGGAUUAUUCGUAUUAUAUGGAUUCAUUAUUAAAUCCAUAUAAAAUUAUUAACAAUAUAUAUAUUUUUUAAAUCUAAUCCUUUUUUAAUCUGUUAUAAUAACGUAAUGCGUUUGUUACGUUUGUCAGACGGAAACAACAAAUGAGCGAGAAUGACGUGGUUUCAUCACAAAACAAUUUUAUUAAUUAAUAAAUUAUGAAUAAAAACAGCAGUUCACUUGUGAUGGACGAUGGUGAAUAAAAAUAUUAUGAAAUUAUAUUCCUACAAUAAUAAUUAAACUACAAUAUUAUCUAAACAGGACAGUAAUACAGAAAUCAAACAAUUUUAAUUUGAUUACACCGUGGGCCAUGAUAGGGGGAUUUUAGGAUUACAAUAAUUUACAACAACAUUUGUAUAUUUGAUUUAUUUGGUGCCAUCAAAUUUAUUUAGUGUCAGAAACUACGAGAAUAAUAACUUCACAUAUGAUUGACUUUUGCGCAUAGGUUUACGCAAUUUAUAAUAUUUUACGAUUAUAUUGUAUAUGUGUUUGCGUAAUUCAUAUAGAUACCUACCUAUAAACACAACGAAAUGUUUAACUUGAUUUGAAUAAUAUAAACUGUCGGUGGUCAUAUCAAUGCUUCAAUCAAAAUAUAUUAUCCAAUCAAAUAUUACGUCAGAUAUCACCUAAAUUUCCUCAUACAAUAUAAUCAUCAGAAAUAAUUAUGCUAAUAUGAUAAAAUAAACGUAUGCUGUAAAAAAAAAUAAUAAUAAUAAUAAAAACGUUCAAAGUAAAUAUUCUCUCUAAUUUAUCUGGUCAAUUUAAAUCUUCAUUUUGGACGACUAUAGUUGCUUCGAAUUGUAUUUUUUUCAAAUAUAUAUUUAUCUUUCAACAGUUACCAUUAACUCAUGAAACAGGAUAAAACCAUUUUUCUAAAUCAAAGUUUAAGUAACGUGACAUAAAUUAAAAGCACAGUUAGCACAAGAUUUUGCAAGAGACACACACACUCUCACACAGACAGUCGUCAAUUUGUUUGGCCACCGGUUCAUUAAUCCUUUGCAAAACGUCAAGUGCAAUGUUAUAGGGAUUGUGGUGUUUCAGCGAAUUAGACUUAGUCACCACCAUCAUCAUUGCCAUGAAAUCUAAUUAGUCAAAGAGAUUCUCUGAGUCGUUUACCGCGCUCAAGUGCGUACCUAUAUAAUAUCGUCUUGCUGGCAGCUGCUAUGCACUCAAGGUAUCAUCGCCUCGCCACACCUCACUGAAAUGGCGUCAUUCCAGUAUAUUUACCGGAAUUAAUAUGUAGGAAUGUAUAUAAAUAUUAUAUAUAAAAUAUUAUAGAAUUUCUGACUGACGAGCAAAAGUGGGAGGUAAUUUUGUUUUGUUUAGCCGAUUCUCCGGUACGUGGAAUAUUCAAUAUUUUUAAAAGUUGAAAAUAUACUUAAAACGCACCAACUUAAGUUAAUGACCGUCCGUAAGUCCCCCAGGGGCAGCUAUAUAUUAUCUGUUCCCUUUCACCCUCUCUUCACCCACUAAUCACUUUCGAGACGCACAUUCACCAACCGAAAUAGCACAAUAACUUUAUAUGGACACGAUUAGAAUAGGUGCUGAGACGACAUAUCAUUGACUGUUUAAAACCUUAUCAUAGUGAUAAAUACAUAAUUUUAAGACAACGUCAUUAAUCGUUUGCUGUGUAACAGCAGUAGAUCCACACACACAAUUGACUAUUAAAGUCGAGUUUUGAUAACUCGAAUCUAAAAGGAAAUAAAAAUUAUUUCGACUUGUAUAUUUUUCGAGUUCAAACACUUCAAGAGACCACAAAAAAAAAUUUUGUUAUUGAGGUUUUUAAGUUAUUGAGAUUUAAUUUGUCAGGACUAGACUAUAAUAUAAACAUUAUCUUCAAGACAAUAAAACCUAUAUGAUACCCAAGAUAAACAACACACUCGUUGUCAACAUUGGGAUCAUCGCGUAAUAUAAUAUCGUUGAGUAUAUUAUGGUAUUAUAAUAUGUUGUUAGAGAAAUUUAUGGGACGUGGUAUAAUUAUAAUUCAGAUUCUGAUUGGA